UCUGCGUGAUCUCGCGGUGCCACGUGAUGCUGUGACGUCAGCAGGUCAUUUCCGGGUACAGUGUUUAGCCAUUACCGUUUGGAAACGGUUGUUUGUACCGAGGACGGAAGGACGUUAUCUGGCAGCAGUUUCGUUGGAAUUUGUCAAAUAUGUCUCGCCGAAGGAACCCAACAGACAGCGAUGAUCCCAAAGAUUUAGACCGAAGAAUUUUUGUUGGAAAUUUGCCUACAGAAAGUAUGAGCCGGGAAGAUAUGGUGCAACUGUUUUCCAAGUAUGGAAAAAUUAGUGCCCUUACCAUGUUCACUCGCUAUGGAUUUGUCCAGUAUGAGCGUAAAGAAGAUGCUGAUGCAGCUGUGGAGGGAGAAAGAGGUCGCUUGUAUAAAGGGAGUAGAUUAGAUAUUAACAAGGCAGCGGAAAGAAGAAAUAUGUUUAAGCCUCCUUCCAGGUCAAGCCCAUCACGAAGAGAUUUGUAUGGAUAUGGUGAAAGUCAGGAGCCAAGGCGAGAUCGUUCUCCUCUUCGCUCCAGCCCCAGGAGAGACAGUAGAGAGCCGAGAGAAAGAGAUGCACGAUCCUUUCGAGACUCACGAGAUGGACGGGAACCAAGGGACAUUAGAGACCCUAAAGACUUCAGAGAUGCUCGUGAAGGAGAUCUGAGAGAUGGGCAUAGCUCCAGGGAUGUCAGAGAUCUGCGAGAUACUCGAGACUAUAGAGAUCCCCGUGAUGCAAAAGAUCUAAGGGAUUCGAGAGAUCUUCGGGAUUCGAGAGAUCUUCGGGAUUCAAGAGAUCUUCGGCUUCGUGAUCCUCGUGAUGCCAGAGAACUUAGAGAUUCCCUGUCUGACCGUUACAGAGAUGUCCGUGACAUGAGAAAUCCAUACAGAGAUGACGAUUUGCAUGAUGAUUAUCAUCGGAAGCGAGAAGAGUUUGAUCGAUUUAGAGAACCCCUGGAUAGACUUCCAGAUGAAAGAUACAAGCGUGAAGAACGUCGACGCGAGGAGCUGUAUAAGCAAUAUUUUGAUGACCUUCAAAGAAAGUUGGAUCAGGAUCGUCACGUGGACUGCUCGGUUGUUGCUGCAAACAAACAGUCAAAGGAUUAUGCAGAAUCUGUGGGAAGAAAGAUCCGUGACCUGGGCAUGUUGGUGGAUUUAAUAUUUUUGAAUACGGAUGUAUCUUUAACUCAAGUCUUAGAUGAUGUGUCCAGAGGGGGUACACCUUUUGCUAUAGUGAUAACACAGCAACACCAGACCCAUCGCUCCUGCACUGUUAAUAUUUUAUUUGGAACACCUCAAGAGCAUAGGAACAUGCCACUUGCAGAUGCCAUAGUACUUGUGGCAAGAAGUUUUGAACGGUACAAGUUGGAGAAACGCGACAAGGAACGUGACGAUGUUGCAAAACAAGCUGCCAAGCUGUCCACCGACGCCAUUUUAAGAGAGCGUGCUUUAGCUUUGGAUGAAGGAUCAAGGCCUCCUCCACCCCCUGGAAUAAUGACCCUGCUUAAUUUGCUUGUAGAUAAUAGAUAUGUCACUCCUGAUGAAAUAGAUAAGGUUAUACUGUAUUUACGCGAUCGUAAAGAUAGAAUGCUGUCUCUAUCUGCCGACCCGCUAACAUCACAACUCUCUAGACCGUUGGGAGUAAGUUCUGGAACGUCUCUUGAGGGUUCAUCAAACCUUACCAGCAGUCAAACAAUGCCAGUGACACCGCAGCUGAAUUCGGGUGCUCAGGCAACUCAACCUCAAAGCAACUCUCAACAAGAGCUGCAGGCAAAAAUUCUCAGUCUGUUCAAUAGUGGAGUUUCCUCUUCGUCUGUCAGUGCUAAACAAACGGGUAUAGGAGCAACAUCUGUCCCAGGCCAGAGCUAUGGAAAUGUGCCCCCUGCCCAACGGGCAGUCCAAACGGACAUUCCACCACUUGCUCCUACUGCACAGAGAUCUCAGCCCAUGGGAAACCAACAUCCUAGUGCUCUCGCACCAGUUGAAUCUGUAAAGAAUACAGCUUCCAGGCCUGGUCCCUCUCCUCAAUUACAGUAUAUGUAUGGGCAGCUUCGUCCUCAGGCACCCAGUAAUAUGCCAAACCAGCGACCAGGGGCAUCUGCAGGCAUAAACUUUGACAACCCUAGUGUGCAGAAAGCUCUGGACACCUUGAUUCAGAGCGGGCCUGCACUUACUCACUUGGUGAGUCAAACGGCAAAUCAAGCGAUUCGCAGUGGGCCUCCACCACAGCCUUCAAUGGGCUCUUAUCCCCGCCACUACUAGCUGAUGCUGUAGGUCUUACAGAUCUUGUGUUGACGACUCCUAGCGGUAACUUACUAGUG